CAUCAGUAGCUAUUCCUCUUUCACAAUUCAUUCCGCUCAUUAAAGAUGUAUCUGACAUUUUUUCGAAAGUCGCGGAUUUAUAUAGGUCAGCUCAGCAUAAUAAAAAUAUUACCGGGAUUUUGAUGGAACGUAUUUCUGCAGCAAACACCUCUGUUGGUAUUUUACAAGCAAGAGAAGAUUUAUUAAAUUCGAAUUAUUAUAAAAGUUUACAAAGAUUGGUUCGAGUUCUUCGUAAUAUGAAAAAAUUCAUUGAAGAUAUAACACAAUAUAAUACAGUGCAAAAGUUUUUAGGAGCUAAAAAGAUUGAAAGUGAAUUUAAAGAAUUAUGUAAAGAAUAUGAUAGCAGUAUGACUUCGUUAAAUUUUAACUUAUUGGUGGUCAAUUUUAAUACUGAAACUGAAGAUAAAAUUGUGAAAGAAGAUGUAGAACAACUUAUAAAAUUUCAAGAAGCUUUAGUAGAAAGUAUGAACAAUGUGGAACAAAAAGUCUCUCACACAAAUGAUCAGAUGAACUUAGUCGUUGAACGAGUCAGUGAAAUGGCAAUAACGAUGCAAAAUAUGCAAAGUAUGAUGGGCAGUAAAAAAGAAGAUGCAGAUCAAAUUCAAAACAAAAUCGAUAUCAUCUUUCGUACUGAUAAACUUCCAUUCGAUGAUUAUGAAGAAGCUGACGAAAAUAGUAUACGUAGUGAAAGAUUGAGAAAAUACACUCAUGUAAAAACUAAAGAAGAAUUUGCUUUCAAGGUUGUAGAUCAAGAUCAUAUUAAUGAUGUUAAAAAUCAAGUCACAAUUCUUAUGAAACUUAAGGAUUGCCAAAAUAUCAUUAAUUUCUAUGGUCUUACUAGUGAUACUAGUAAUGGAAUUAAAACUUAUUUAGUAACUGAAUGGGCAGAAAAAGGAAACUUACGUGAAUAUAUUCUUGACUAUAAACAAGACCUUGACUUAAAAUUGAAAAUAAGAAUUGCUUACGAUAUCGCUAAAGGAUUGAAUUUCCUUAAUUCUGUCAAGAUGGUUCAUCGAGACAUUAGAUCUGAAAAUAUCGUAAUUACAGAUCACGAAAUCGCUAAAAUUACAAAUUUUAAAUUUAGUAGAAGAUUUGAUGAAGCUACUAGUAAUAUAGCCGUAAAUAAAGAAUGUGUUCGAUAUAGUGCUCCCGAAAUGUUAAGAAGAGGAAUUUCGGGAGAAAAAGAAAAAAAAGACAAAUAUUCUAUCAAGUAUGAUACCAAAUGUGAAGUUUAUAGUUUUGGUAUUCUCCUUUGGGAGAUUGCUGAACGUAAAAUUCCAUACGAGCAAUUCGAAGAUUUUAUGGAAGUUACAAGAAAAGUAGUAGGUGGGUAUCGGGAAAGUUUUACAACUGGUACUGAUAUUCCGAAGAAAUAUCAAGAUCUUGUGAAUAAAUCUGUUGAUCCAAAUCCGGGUUCUCGACCUAUAUUCUCAAGGAUGUUAACAGUUCUUCAGGAUAUUUUCAGAAAUCCUGAAGAACCCACAAGUCGUCACAAUAGUAUCAAAGCUAUCAAAGCUCCUCCUGAACGAAAAAUGACUCAAAGUACAAUUGCAGCAGCAGAAGAUUGUAUAAUUGAUUGGGAUUCAUUCGAUUAUAUGACGCUUGAUAAAGCAAUUGAAUAUCAUAAAAACGACAGCAAGGAUAAGCAAAAAUUAUAUAAGUGUUUUGAUACUUAUGCUGAAAUGGAUAAUCCAAGAGCAAAAUAUUGGAAAGCUUAUUAUAUUUCAAAAGGUUGGUCUGACCUUAAAUGUUCUGAUAAGGAAAAACAAGAAUUGUCUGUUCAAUUAUUCAAAGAAGCUGCUGAUUAUGGUGAUGAGAUUCCUGAUGCUCAACUCCGUUAUGCAACAAUGGUUAUGCAAGGCAAAGGUGUCAAACAAGAUAAAGGUGAAGCGAUUAAAUAUUUUCUUAAAGCUGCAAAAAAUGGACAUCUCGUAGCUAUGUUUAAUAUUGCCACAUUUUACUACUCUAAUAACGAAAAGGAAUUAGGGAAUUAUUAUAUGAUAAGUGCUGCUAAUAAAGACUAUUUACAAGCAAUUAAUUAUUGUAAAAAGAAUAAUAUUUCUUAUUAAUGGUAGAUAUAUUCAUAUUCUGUAUUAUUUGUUUGAUUAUGUUAUAAAAAUAAAGGCAUACAUUAUUUAUUUAUGUUGAAGUUUG